AUGGGUUUAUUCAAGAAAAAGAACAACCGAAUUGAGCCCUCAAAACCUAAACAUUCCAUAAAUAGUUCAACUGGUUCCAUGACUAAGUCUGAACUAAAUAUGGCUAUCAUGGAAAUGCUGAAUUUGAACCAGACUUCUGAGAGCUGUGAUUACGUCUGUCGAGGUAACCCCAUUACGGAAGGUGGAAAGCGGAGGCAAUUGCUUAAAAUGCUCUCCGUUGCUCUACUACCAAUGGCGGUACUGGUAGGCAUGACGGGAAAUGUUUUUGUCUCUACAAUACAAAACUUCAUGGAAGCAAAAGAAACAAGAGACGUUCUGUUUUUCUCAAUAGAACUUGGUCAAUUGAUGAGAUACCUGCAAAGAGAACGAGACAUGAGCGCCCUCUACAUUAGUGCGAUUGGUCCGGAUACAAAAGAGUUUCUCCUAAAGAGGUACCCAGAUACUGACAUGGCUCUGGAAAACUUAUCUUACUGGCCUGUCAGUAAGAAAAACGACAGGCAAGAAUUCCAAUCAAAGGACAAAUUUCUGCUGUUCCUAAACCGUCAUCGAUAUCAGCUGGAUCUGUACAACCGAACAAGUAAAGAGGAGAUACUUUUCUACACCGAUGUAAUUGAUAUAUUCAUCACUUGGCUAUAUGAUGCUGUUUCUGAAGCAAGAUCAGGCUCCAUUUGGAAAACUUUGGUAGCCUAUCAAGAAAUCAUCGUUGCAAGCGAAUAUAUUGGUCGAGAACGAGGUAUGGGUGUUACGUAUUUUGCCUUUGGUGGAUUUAGGAGCAAGGAAGAUUAUUUGCUGUUUUUAGAGGCACAAGAUAUUGCAAACAUAACAUUUAUGUCGUGUCGGCGAUAUUCUGAGCUAGCUUACAGCAUUUAUGAGAAUCAACUUUUAAAUAAUGAUUUGAUUUUAGCUCCUGUUCGAUCGAUGAGACUUCAGAUUCGGUCAAACAAGAGUUUUCGUCUAGUUGGAUCACUAACUAAAGCAAAUGAAUGGUUUGACAAUAUGACAUUAUAUCAAGAUAUUGUUCGAGAUACACAGAAGGCCUUAGCUGGUAAGAUUGAUGACAUGCUGACUUUAAGAAGCACAGAAGACAUGUACACCAUCAUAACGAUUGCUUGUAUCUUUGGCGCUGUUUUCAUCGUGUGUCCUUUGGUGAUUACUGGUGUUUAUUACUUAACAUCGGAGAUUCAGAAGUACUCCAUAUCCAUUGCUAAUAGAACAAAAGCAUUGAACAAGGAAAAGAAGAGAACCGACACACUCCUAUACCAGAUGCUGCCUAAAUCUGUGGCAGAACGUCUCAAGUGUAACGAGCAAGUGGACGCCGAGCACUAUGACCAAGCCACCAUCUUCUUCAGUGAUAUUGUUGGAUUCACCAAAAUUUCUUCCUCGAGCUCUCCCUUGCAGGUUGUUGACAUGUUGAACAGUCUGUACACUUGUUUCGACGAGAGAAUAGAAAUGUAUGAUGUGUACAAGGUGGAGACUAUAGGAGAUGCAUACAUGGUCGUAUCCGGUGUACCUAGAAAAAACGGAAUACGGCAUGCAUCUGAGAUUGCCAAGAUGGCUUUUGACCUUCUUAGAAAAAUUCGCCACUUAGAAAUACCCCAUCUUCCAGGCAUCAAAUUCAGUCUGCGUAUCGGCUGUCAUUCAGGUUCCGUGGUGGCUGGUGUAGUAGGGAACAAGAUGCCGAGGUAUUGUCUAUUUGGAGAAACAGUGAGUGUGGCCUCCAAAAUGGAAUCCCUUGGAAAAGCAAACAAGAUUCAUUUGAGCGAGUCUACUCAUGACUUACUGAAAUCAAUUGGCGGUUUCACCAUGCCAGAAAGGAAAGAUGACGUUCUACAGAAUGACCAAGACCUUCUUAAUGCGUUUAAAGGAAUCAUCCACACCUACUGGUUGACUGAAGUGGAGGGGGUUGAUAAUGACUCGGACUCUAUUCACACAGAGAACGACGAUCUCCACGGCACACACGCAGCAGGUCAGAGCUCGAGUAAGGAACAUUUCCAAACAGCUUGUAGUACUGGUAUUCCAAAGCAACAUAGCAGCUCUGUCCCAAAAGCUUCUGGUUGCAUUAAGGGUGACAUGAAAUUUGAGAAGCUUUAA